GUGUGACACAGCUUGUUGUCUUCAGUCUUGGUACCCGUCCUCCCUCUUACUGGCAUCCAACCUUAACCUUCUCCUGAGCUGGGCUCGCCUCGACAUCAAGAAGCAGACGCUAUAAAAGAAAAGAUGGAGAAGAGCAACCGUUCUCAGGGGUCCGCGUCCUCCUUCGAGGCCGAGUCGCAAGACCUCCACCUCCAGUCUAAGUUGCGCACCAUCCGCGUGAUCGACAGCGCCCGCGUGGGCACGACGGCGCUGGCGCUCCUGAUGGGUCUGACCGUCCUGGGCGUCUCGGCCAACACGCUCCGCGUGUACCAGGAGACGCAUGUCUCGCCCGACUUCCUGCUGCCGCUGUGGCCGGCCGAGUUCAACAUCCGCCCGACCGUGGCGCUCGUCAUCGGGAGCGCCGUCGUGCUCGUCUCGAACAUUGUCGCGUUGUGCUGCAGCCAGGUGCGGACUUUGCGCGCCAGGGCCACAGUCCACACCUCGGUCACCUUCAUCGCCCCGCUCCUCGGCCUCGCCGGCGCCCUCAUCUCCAUCAUCUUCUACUACGCCGUCAACGCCUCCCAGACGGUCGACACCUUCCUCUCCUGGACGUGCCGGUGGACCGACAUCCCCAUGUCGCAGCAGCCGCGCUGGGAUACGCUCUGCCGGCAGAGCCAUGCGGGUCUCUACCUGGCCAUCCUGCUCAUCCCCGUCGAGGUGGCCGCCCUCGUCCUUGCUGGGUUCCAGAUGAAGAUCGAGCGGUACACGGAUGCGUACCUGCGGGCGAGGAAGACGCCUGUGCUGUCUUAGGCUCGCAUCGCGGCUGUUUGAAGUAUCUAGCAGGGAAGAAGUAACGGUAGGGGGUGGUGGUUGGGACCACUCUCGUGCCUGUAACUGUUUAGAAAAGGGGGGAUGAAGCGAGCUUCUAUGCUUGCGGUCCAGCGGCUGCGUUUGAGUUGUGGAUACACAUUUACGGUUCUUUACACUUUGAGAGAAGAAGCGGCGAGGUCGUCUGUUCUAUGUAUUUGUAAUCUAUGACCUGGCGUCUGCAUCGAACAAUGUUACACGGGUGGCCCUUCG